UGAAAAGAGUAUCAAAAAAAACGAGCCAACUGACAUAAACAAACAAUCGAUAUGAAUUAAAUUUGCAGUUAAAUUUGUGAUGACUGUGGGAGCAUGAUUUUCGCGGCUGGUGAAAAUGUCAUUUACGGUGACGAACCGGAGUUUAAUCCGAUUUGAGAGUGCCAAGGAGGACGAUGAAUUGAUGCGGGCAUUAAUGUUUUUCAAUGUCGAUAUUUCGGGGGGAGUGUGCUGUGGUCGCCGAAACGAGAUUACGGCGCCAAGGACCUCGGAUUGCAAUGGAAAGCGGCGAACUCCCGGCGGAGGAUUGAGCAAUCCAAUUACGGAGAGUGCGAUGUCAUUUGGGGCACCAAAUAAAUUCUACGCUCCCGGACAUGCUGAUUUCGAUCAUGGGAAUUAUAAGCGACGUGCUCCUGGCCAUCUAAGAGAUAACUCUGCCUAUUCCGACAGUCCCCGUCACUUUCAUUAUAGAAUGAUUAAACCAGGACGGGGUCGUGUCGAAACCGGCUUAGUUUCCCCAUCCCCAUCGAUCGAUUCUGCGGGCUAUUUUGAGAAUAAUAGGAGCUACAAACGCACUCCACGCUUUGAAACUGAAAGGACAUACGAACAAUAUUAUCCAGAUAAGGCCGAGGAAUAUGAGGCCAGCAAUCCAACGGCCUUAACUUCUGAUUAUUCUGAAGAAGAGGAGGAUCCGAGGAGUAACCAAAAAAGAUAUCCUUAUACUGAAUCCACAUAUGAACGUCCUUAUGAUUACUACACUAAUGCUCCUAAGUCAAUUCAAAGACACUUUUACGUACCUCGCAAAAGAUAUUAUUCUUACCAUGAAGAACCACCACAAGAUGAUUACAAUCGAGAAUAUAGAGAAUAUCUGCCACGUGAUUUGGGGUUGAGAACUAAUAGACCGUAUAGAGACUAUGAUUAUAGCCAAGCUUCGGGGUCUAUGCCACCAGAAUUCUCUUCAAAUUACUCUACUCAAAGGAAUGCAAAUGAUUAUGACGAGAAAAAUUCCAAGUACUACGAAGAUUAUUCUGAUGAAAACAGCCAAAAUCAACACGAAGAAAUUCAUCGAUACUUUGACCCAGAUUAUAAUAAAGAAAGCCGUAAGACACCACCUCCAAUACCCUUUCCAAAACCCGAACCCAAGCACUAUAAAGUCAGAUCUUCGUCUUACAAGGAUAUUACAGACCCUUCGAACUAUCCCACAAAAGAUAAAAAAACUGUAAGAGAUUAUAAGCUAAAAGAUAGGAAUGUUCCGCCUUACGAGGAACCAAAAGAUAGCCAAAAAAAAUAUAAUAGAUAUAAGCGACACUACCAGCCAGAGAAAAUGCCAACUAGAAAAAGUUGCAACCAUUUUAAAGAAACUAGAGAAGCUCCGAAAAAAUACGAUAGAAUUUCCAAAGAUAUUUUACGUCUUGCUCCGCCAAAAAAGUAUGAAAAACAUAGAAACACUCAAGACGAUAGAUUUUAUGUGGACAAGAGGUCUCACAGAAAUUCUGAAUAUAGGUACAAAAUACAAAAUAAAGUUCAUCAGGCUAUCCCAAGUUCUUAUAAAAAAUACUUUAGUGAUGAAGUUCCUCUCAGCAAUUUUCACAAGAAGGUCAGUGACGAUAUCCCAAGAUCGCACGAAAACUUAAGAUCAGAACCGCCUAGAUCAUUCAGAGAAUAUGAAAGUCACAAAAACAAAAGACGUGGUAAGUCCUUACCGGAUCCGAAGAAGUCUGUUGACUUUGUUCGUUUUACGGACUUAAACUACGGCUCGGAAAUACCUCACAAAAUUCAUGAAAGCAAGCAAACCCCAUCGUCAAUAUUUUUCACCAUCGAGAUUCCCUAUAAAAAGAAAGAACGGAGGUAUGCAUACUCCCAAAAAAGUGAAUACAUACCAAAAAGGUCGGAUUCGGGUUGUGAAACGUUUGCUAGUAACUUAAACUGUGCCCUCAAUUCAUUUAAACCGCAAACAUCAUUUUAUGAUGUUCGGAAAGAUCGGAGGCGUAAAACAAUAAAGCAAAAAAUAUCAGGAUUUUUUAAAAGGUCAAAAAUGUGUUUGACGAAGUCAAACAUUUUUAGAAACAAAUCAAACGUACUGAGGAACUAUAAGCCAGGACAUCGUCGUCUAAGCUAUGCUCACAUAGAUUGCAGAAAUACUGAAAGCCCAAGCCCCCAUUAUAUUUCAAACUCCCCAAAAACUAGUAGCCACUCUUUGGAGGUUCAAGAUAAGAGGGUUCCUAUUCGCAGUCCCUCUAUAGAAAAUGCAUCCGAAAAAUAUUGUAAAAGGCUGCUACAGGGAUGUCAUUAUCCCACGGUUUACAGGGCAAAUGGCAAUCAGCAAGCUGAAAAUGAUGAUAAAAUGUACCAUGAGUACUCCAUGUACAACAUUUUGAGUUCAAGCAACCACCGUUCGAAGGUAAAUAAAGAUGAGUAUGAGCACUGCGAUAAAGGAUUAACUAAACGAAACAGUCAAUAUUUCAGACCCAAUGCUGAUCUGCGUAAGAAGAAUUCCAACCAAUUAUACAAUCGUGUAUCCAGUGGAAAUUGCAGCCUUUUUAGUGGAGAUAAAUGUGAAGAUCCCAUCGAGACAAGUCAAAUAAGUAUAUGCCUUGAGAUAAGGGCUACAGACGUGAGUUUGACAGGCAGCCCAAGGAUUAUUUCAUCCAAAGUCGUGACAGGUCAUGGUUUAUCCACUAAGAGCAAUACCCACAUGAGCAGGGAGGAUCUCAAAGUAAUCGUUCCAAAACCACCAAAUCUUUCGGUACCGAGACAGAAUAGUGGUAGUACAAUAUGUGGCAGCGAUUCAAGCGCUACUGAAAAAAACCAAUAUCAAAAUGUUCGACUUUUUCCCCUGCCCUCUGAACACAACAAUGGUUCUUCUACAACAAACAGUUCCAAAGGCAGUUUAUCUAGAACUACAAGAUCUGAGGAUUUCACCAAUAGGAAGAGCAUUGAAGAGUGUUCGAAGCCUCCAACUGUGACCAGUGGUAGACCAUCAGAGAACCUUCGUCCCCGCCAUCCGAUCAGCACCAAAUGGAGCUUGACCCGCCAAUCGAAGUCUUGUAACUCGCAAAAAGAAUUCUGCAACAGCUGGACCCCCGAUAGGUUAGAAAACAAUUUUUCAAGACUUACCCGACCUGGAUUGUUCCAAACAAACACAAUUGAAAUGUGUUCCAGACCACCGACUUUAAUUCAAAGCGAUAUAAACAAGAGGUCGAGCUUAAAAGGUGUAAAUAACAACUUCGAAAGGUCAGCCCCCAAAAAGGUAAUCUUGAAAACAAAUAGUUAUAAUAGUUUGAUAAGCGGUUCAGGCAGAAGUACUCAAUCGGAUUGCUCAUGCGAAAAAUCGGGAAUGCAGAAUACCCAUCAAAGUGAAUGCCACAGAUCCCAAAGUCACAAUUUUCAAUUUGAUGAAAAAAGAAAAAUUGAAGUCAGCCCGAGAAAAACUAAUAGUUGGCCAAGCCAAAGGCCCAAAACCAUUCCCCAAGUCCCGAUCCAAACAUCUUUUUCAAAACCGCUUCAAAUACAGGAAUCUGCACUCAAAGUCCAAUGUAAAAGUUCAGAAUCCUCCUUAAGUAAAUGCUCCAGUGGAUCCAGAAAUUUUACCCAAGGCCCAAAAAACAUGCAGUUGGUUUCCUAUCCUGAACCCAUUCCAACAAGCUCAUGUGAGCCCCAGAGUGAAUAUGCCAACAAUUUCACGGCUAUGCCAAGUCAGGAUAUUAAAGAAACCAGUGUUCGAGGGAAUCUUAGUUGCCCGAAGUUAACAGACAGCUGGGAUAAGGAUUCCUACUGCCGGAGAAGCAUUGUGGAGGAACUGAAACGAGAGCUAUUGCAAAGCUUCAGAGCCGAUCGGCAAAUGGAGUCCCAAGUGCCUUUUCUUCGACCCACACCACACAUUAUGAUAUUUCCCUGCGUUCCCGAAGCCAUGUGCCAGUCUAGUCCCAACCUAAAUCCAAAUCUAUUCCGUAGACCGGAAUCUGUUGUCUGCUGGACACCCGGUAAUAAGCCACAGAACCCUUUCUGAUGAAUGGUAUUUACUUCGGUUGGAAUUAAACUGGACUGCGGGUAGUUUUCACUAUUAUUUAUUAAAAUAUAAAUUCUACGGUAUCAACAUAAUAACAAAAUAAUA